UGCAGGAAGGACAGACACCAUCAUCCUCUCGGGAUGUGAAGGAAGGAGCAGACUUUGGGCUGCCAAGUCAGGAAGGGGGGAUUUAGGCUCUGGAGCAAAUGAAGAGACAAUUCCUCUUCACCAUCGACUGUUCUGGGGAGGAUUUUCCAGCAUGUGGCAGCAAGGAGGGGAAAGGAAGGAGCAUGAAGAGCCUGAGGAAGCUGGGAAGAGCCCAGGGGCUGGAGCAGCACAUGGAGGGUGGGCUUGGGCAGUGGUGCUUCACUUCUUCCUGGUCAACGUCCUCGUGAUGGGGAUGCUCAAGACCUUUGGGAUUUUCUUUGUGGCUUUCCGAGAGGAGGUGGGGGGCUCCUCUGAGCAGGUCAGCUGGAUUGGCUCCAUCAUGUCCUCCCUGCGCUUCCUAGGAGCCCCGCUCGUGUCCAUCGUGUGCCGGGGGCUGGGGGAACGUCCCACCUCCCUCCUCGGGGCCGGGCUGGUGGUUGGGGGGUGCCUGGUCAGCACCCAGGCCACCAGUGUCCCCUUCCUCUGCGUCUCCAUGGGACUCCUCCUGGGGCUGGGCUUUUCCUGCCUGUACCAGGCGGCCGCAGUGAUGACGGCCAAGCGCUGCCGGGCACGGCUGGGCUUCUCCAACGCCCUGGCCCGUUCUGGGAUGGGGCUCACCUUCCUCAUGGCACCAUUCACCCAGCUCCUCCUCGACUUCUAUGGCUGGCAAGGAACUCUCCUGAUUUUUGGAGGCAUCAUGUUGAACCUGGUGCCUUCCAGCCUGUUGCUGAGACCCAUCAGCACCCGACACUCCUCUGCCAAGACCCAAGACUGUGAGUCACCAAUGGCACAGAAGGACCCAGAAACUCCUGAUGGAUGUUUAGAUGGAACCACUGACAAGGAAUUACACCCUCACAAGGCACAGGAGCUUCCCACCACAGAGAGACUCCUGAUGUCCCACGGCAAAGAUGUCUCUGAUCCCACAAAUCCAUCUGCUUUGGGAAAGCUGGAGAAACCCACCCCAGGCAGAUCCUCACCAGAAACGGCCACAGGGGCCAAGAGAAGCAACAAACCCCUUUCAGCAACCAAAAAAGAAACUUCUCAGCCUCUCCUGGACUUGUCCCCCCUGAAGGAUCCCGUUUUCUUCAUCUUCACGUGGUCUUUUUUGUUCAGCCACCUGGCCUAUUUCGUGCCCUUCUUUCACCUGGUGGCAAGAGCCAGGACCCUGGGAAUGAGCAGCAUGGAUGGCUCCUACCUCAUCUCAGUGGCUGGCAUCACGGAGAUGCUGAGCCAGCUGCUCUCGGGCUGGGUGGCCGACCAGAACUGGACCAAGAAGUACCAUUUCCACGUGACUUACCUGGUCCUGAGCGGGGUCACAAACCUCCUGGGGCCCCUGGCCACGACGUUCCCGCUGCUCCUCGCCUACACCGUGGCCUUCUCCGUGUGCUGUGGGGGGUUCAUGGCUCUGGUGCUCCCCGUGCUGGUGGAUCUGGUGGGUGUGGAAAAGCUCCACAGCUACCUGGGGUUUGCUGCCUUCUUUGCAGGGAUAGCAGCCAUUGGAGGACCUCCUCUGGCAGGUUGGCUCUACGACUACACCCAGAGCUACGUGUGCUCCUUCCUCCUCGCCGGGGCCUGUGCCCUCCUCUCCCCCCUGUCCUUCUGCCUCGAGCCCUGGGCACAGAGAAGGAAGCUCAGCCCCAGGGCUGGCUGAAGGGGAAGGCUGGGCUGGAGCUGGACCCACAGAGGCAAAGCCAUGGCCAGCACGGCCCAGCUGUCCUGGGAAUACCAACACAGCAACAGUGGGAACGGGAAUUUCAGAGGAGAGGUUCAGUCUGAAUACCUGGGUAUUCCUCCUGAUUAGAUUCUGGGUUUAUAUCUGGAUAUUUCUCCCAAUUACCUUCACUUUGUAUAUCUGGAUAUUGCUCCUGAUUAGCUUAUGGUUUUGUAUCUAGAUAUUGCUCCUGAUUAGAUUCAGUCUGGAUAUCUAUCUGGAUAUUGCUCCUGAUUAGAUUAUGGGUUUUAUCUGGAUAUUGCUCCUGAUUAGAUUCAGUUUGGAUAUCUGGAUAUUGCUCCUGAUUAGAUUAUGGUUUUGUAUCUGGAUAUUGCUCCUGAUUAGAUUUAUUUUGGAUAUCUGGAUAUUGCUCCUGAUUAGAUUAUUGUUUUGUAUCUAGAUAUUUCUCCUGAUUAGAUUCAGCCUGGAUAUCUAUCUGGAUAUUGCUCCUGACUAGAUUAUGGUUUUUUACCUGGUUAUUUCUCCUGAUUAGAUUUAUUUUGGAUAUCUGGAUAUUGCUCCUGAUUAGAUUAUGGGUUUGUAUCUGGAUAUUUCCCCUGACUAGAUUCAGUCUGGAUAUCUGGAUACUGCUCCUGAUCAGAUUCUGUUUGGCUAUCUGGGUGUUUCUCCUGAUUGGAUUUUGUUUGGCUAUCUGGGUGUUUCUCCUGAUUGGAUUCUGUUUGGAUACCUGGGUGUUUCUCCUGAUUGGAUUCUGUUUGGAUACCUGGCUAUUUCUCCUCAUUAAAGCCACCCGAGGGAUUC